AGCAACGGAUCGAGUCACUCACUCUCGUCCGUCGUCGACGCCGUCAGCAAGUCAAAGCGCAAAGCAGACGGAGCCAGCAGCAGCCAGCUCAGUCUCGUUCGCUCCCCCGCGCUGCAUUUUUUUCUUCAUUUUGCGUGUAAUUGCAUACCACGACGCCUCGUCCCAUGGCCGAUCAAAUGGAUCCCACCGCCGGCGCCGACGCGCAAGCGCCCUCGCAGUGGUCGGAGCACAACGCGCCUAAUGGACGCAAGUAUUACUACAAUGCCGUCACGGGCGAGUCUACGUGGGAGCGUCCAGCGGAACUAGCAACGGCGCAGACGGAGGUGCCGUGUAGUAGUGCCCCCCAACAGCAGCCGCAGCAGCAACAGCCCACCGCGGGAGGCUUCCAGCAGCCUCAGCCGCAGCUAGGAGGACAGGGUGCUCAAGCGUACGGAGCGUAUCCGCAGCCGUAUGGCCAGCCCAUGCAGUACCCGCCGCCGUACGGAGGAAGUAGCUACAUGUAUCCAUUUCCACAGGCUUACGGGUACCCGCCGCAGAUCGUGGGUCCAGGGCCUCCCAUUCAGACGACCGAGAGCGGCCAAGGACCUCCUGGCUGCAACCUGUUUGUGUUUCACAUCCCGAACGACAUGACUAACCAGGAUCUCUUCAAUUACUUCGCCACGUUCGGCAACGUGAUUAGCGCUCGUAUUAUGGUGGAGAAGGAGACGGGGAGAAGUCGUGGCUUUGGGUUCGUGAGCUACGACAACGCUCCGUCCGCUGAAGCUGCGAUUAAGGGGAUGAACGGCUUUCAAGUGGGUCGCAAGCGCCUCAAAGUGCAGCACAAGAAGGAGAAGAGCCAAGGCCAAAUGUUCGGUGAAAUGCCUAUGGACAACAGCGCCAACGACAUGGCUGCUCAGAGCAGUGGUGCUACUGUGCUGCCCUCGGCCGGCUAGAGCGCUCGACGGGAGUAUGUUCACUACGCUAUCAGUAUAGGAGGCAUGUUCGGGGAGAAGGGGAGGUUCGUCAAGACGAGACAAAGAAGCGCUUUGCCGAGUGAUUGUAGCGUAGACGAAAGAAGUGGUGGGGGGGGUCGUCGUGGUCAUGGCACGAUCUACGCAGUUAAGGACUUUUAUGAUCUCUUCCUUUUAAAAUAAAAUGGGUAACUGUUCCUGGUACC